GGACAGCAUGUGACAUCCGUUCAAACUGUUCAUUGUUUGUUAGUUAUUACAUUCAUUUUGAAUUCGUUGUGAAUUACGUGAAAAAAAAACUGAAUGGUAAUUAUCACAUUACUAUGUGACGUACAUACAAUUGAAUUGCAUAGAAAUUAUAUCACUCAACAACAGAUACAAACGAAAUAAAAUCCACCAGUACUACAAUUACAAAAACACGACCAUUCUAUGACACAAGCGCGGAAAGUAUAUAUCAUUUGGUUCUCAAAUCAAUUUGUGACCUGUGACAAUAAAAUAUGAACGGCAAAAUGUCAACGAUGCGGAAUGAAUGUAUGAGGUAAAUGUGUCUAUAAUAGCUUUGCAAUAGUCUAAGGUGUAUGGAAGUUUCAAUAAAUAAUAAAGCGAUAACUUAUGCCAUAGGCUGAGUAUAACAACCUUGCAAAAUUCGUUUUCGUCUUACUUAGGUAAAUAUUCAGUAUUACACCUGUUUCGUUCGUAUUUUGGUUGAAUGAAUUGUGUCAAUUUAAAUUAAAUAAACGAUUUUAUGGCAUUUGUUUUAUUAAUAGGAAACCGAAUGAAUAAACAAACAUUUAAACAUUUUAAGCUUGGCAUGAAUCAUUAACGCGCGGUUUGGUUUUCACACGAUUAAUUCGUAGAAAAAAAUCGGUUUAAAAGAGAUAAAGUGAAGAUAAGCGGGAUAGCCCAGAGUUAAAGGCACAAAAGAUUGUUUCGCCGUAAUCAUAUCAACGGUUAGAAUGAGCACACAAAGAGCCGAAACAUAAAUAUUGGCAACAUGCACAUCUACAUACGAUUCGUUUUGUGUUCAUACUGCUGCCAUACACACAACGACAGUCGAAGUGGAGUAUAAUAAAUGCGAUUAAUUGUGUGAGAAAAGAAGAAAAAACGAAAACAAAUUAGCAACACGGUCGAGGCCAUGAGUCAGUUGUGAUCUAGAAGUGAUGGAAGCAAGUCGCUUUGCGUCUGUGGAAUUUAAAUUAAAGUGUUUUUGACGUCGAAAUUUAAAUCAAAUACUGUCUGUGGCUCGUGUAUAUUUGAUAAGCAAAAAUUGGGACGGUAAUUUAUUUUGUUGAAAACAUAAACCGAAUUCAAACAAUUUCGGCGAUGUUUGUGCUCAUGAUUAGUUGUGUUUUUGUGGUCGUUUCAAUCUGUGUGCUCAACAGCAAUGCAUUUGACAUCAAUAAAGAUUUGGUGUUCCGACUUUACACAAGAGAAGAUCCGGUUAUGUACUAUGCAUUGAAACCCAAUGGCUCACCAGCCGUUUCGGAAACACCAUUCAAUUCGAGCCGACCGACACGCAUAUUUGUUCAUGGAUAUAAAAGCAAAGAAAAAGUUAUUAAACGUUAUACAGAAAACUACUUGGAUAUAGGAGACUACAAUUUUAUCGCCGUUGACUGGAUUGAAGGCGCCAGCACUUACAAUUACUAUUUGGCAAAAAGCCGCGUUGGAUCCAUUUCUCAGAAACUGGCUGGAUUAAUCGACCAUCUCGUUGAAAAUGGAAUGAAUUUGAAGGAUUUGACUAUUGUGGGUCAUAGUUUAGGCGCUCAUAUUGCUGGUCGAGCAGCAAAACAAUUGAAGUCACAAGGGAAAAUAGCGAAUAUAAUCGGCCUGGACCCGGCUUCAGUGGGUUUUGAUUUCUUCAAUAAGGAUAAGCGUCUGACUGAUUCUGACGCUGACUAUGUUCAAAUAAUCCACACAGACGGUGAUAAGUUUGGGUUUUCAAUUCCGCUUGGCCACGCCGACUUUUACCCCAAUGGAGGAUCAGAUCAGCCAGGCUGUCCACUGCGGAAUAAAUUAACCCAAUUAAUUGAAAAAUGUUCACAUGUUCGUUCGCAUCACUUGUUUUUGGAGAGUUUAAAGACCAAAUUCACGGCCAUCCAAUGUGUUUCGUACGAGGAAAUCAAAGAAAGACGAUGCACGUUCAACAAUGUGACUGCGAUCAUGGGAGGCGAUAUUACACAACACACGCCGAAAUCAUACGGAAUCUUUUAUUUAGAGACUAAAUUUCAACCUCCAUACAAUAUACCCGACUAUAGAAGUUUUAAUAACAUUGAUUUCGUCACUUAUACAUAAAGACUGAAAUCUCCAACGCCUGACACUAUGCAACCCGAAAAAAUAACUGGAACGAAAAAAUUGGCCCUAUUCUAUAAAGUUACAGAACAAUUGUUAAUCGACGUUUAACAGUCAACGAUGUUCGUUCAACAUUUUUCCAUAGACAAGGCAAUAGUCAGCCGAAUUACAACAUUUUUUUGUUCAUAUUUGUACACGUGUGCGUGUUCUGUUUGCAUUAUGCUAAAUGCCUCACCAGUGUUGAAUGUUGUCAGGGGGGAUAGUAAAUAUCAAACAGAUUGGAUUGAAAGUAUGUUUUUUCCUUGAAUCUUCGCAAAACGGAUAAGGUAUAAAUAAAAUCGUGUCCGCAUUGUACUAUAGUAGUGUAUGGGUACUUGACAGUUACUAAAAAACGACGAAAACUUUUAAGUCGAAUGAAAUUUACUCUAUUCUUUUCUAACAAAAUCAGUGGAACUUUAAUAUAAAAACUCAACUAUGCUGUAGAGAAAACGAUCUUUUUUCAUUAAAAUUACAAUUGAACAUACGAAAAAAGUAAUAAAGUGAUGGAA